AUGCGAUUGCUGGUCGUUGCUUUUCUCGUGUUCACCGCCGCGGCAUUCAAAUCCCACAACAAAUGCCCCAACAACACGAACCGCCUGAUGGCACUCUUCAACUUCAUCUGCAACGCCACGCAGACCGUCGUGACUUCACGCGACGCGUGCUACGGUUGCUUCUUUCGCGCCGCCCAGCAGCCGGCCGUUAACGGUGCUCUGGCGACUUUUCUGGCGCAGUGCGCGGCGCUCUACCUCGUGAACAGCACAUACGCGGCGUGCGUGAACACAUUCCAGCCGACAGCCGUGUGCACCGCUCACUGUGCCUUCGUGCAGUGCAUUCGGCGCCGAAACAGCCAACUGUUGAUGGACGAGUGCAUGACUCAAGCGCUGGCCGUCAAUCCCGCCUUCGCGGCCACUUCCGCAGGCCGCAUCGCUCUGCUGGGCAACGCCACAGGAUGCAUCCUUGCCAGGGCGCGCUGUUCGCCCUACAAUCCCAUCACGGGAGAUCUGAGGACCGGCGCGCCGCUCAGCACAGCUCUUCAAAUUGCCGGCAAUGGCGACCUGCGCAUCGUCGCAUUUGCGCCAAAUGUGGCCACUGGCGAAUUGUUCUGCUCCUCACGCACGCCACUCGAUCAGGCCGCCUAUCUCGGUGCACUGUGCUAG